CAUCCCGGAGCGCGAGACGGUAACAGCUCCGUCAGUCUCUCUCCGCUCAGACCGGACACACACACACACACACACACACACACCGGGAGGAGUUCUCUCACGCGCUCCGGGUCUGGGGUCGGGCUGUGGAUGUGACCGGGAGUAACCCCGCACACACCGGAGUAAUGGACCGCGUCUUUGUUGGGGGUCUUGGUCUGUGCUCAAGAGAGAAGGAUCUUUUUCCACAUGCAGAUUCAGAACACACUGAGGUGAUGGGUGUGAACGCUGACGGAGUCGAGGACUUGUCGACUCUCACAGAGCUAAACACACAGGCUAUCAUGCACAACCUCUACCUCCGAUACAAACGAGACCUCAUCUAUACAAACAUUGGCUCCAUCCUGGCUGCAGUAAACCCCUAUAAGCAGAUCCACGGGCUGUACGAUGGCGAGUCUGUGCAACUCUACAGUAAACACCAGCUGGGUGAACUUCCUCCUCACAUCUACGCUCUCGCUAAUGAGUGUUACCGCUGUCUGUGGAAGAGAGCCGACAACCAGUGUGUGCUCAUCAGUGGUGAGAGUGGUGCUGGUAAGACAGAGAGUACAAAGCUGCUUUUGAAGUUCCUCUCAGUAAUGAGUCAAGGUUGUGCCGGAGCUGCGGUGUGUGAGAGAACCAACAGAGUGGAACAGGCCAUUAUACAGAGCAGUCCCAUAAUGGAAGCGUUUGGAAACGCUAAAACAGUGUACAACAACAACUCGAGCCGCUUCGGGAAGUUUAUCCAGCUGCACUUCUGUCAGAGCGGGAGCAUCCAGGGCGGCUGCAUCGUGCACUACCUCCUCGAGAAGAACCGGGUCGUUCGGCAGAACCCAGGAGAGAGGAACUAUCACAUCUUUUAUUCCCUGUUGUCUGGAGCUGAUAAAGACCAGAGAGAUCUCUACCUCCUGCUGGACUCUCCUGAGGAUUAUCACUACCUCAGCCAGUCAGGCUGCGUCCAGGAUGGAAGUCUGGAUGAUAAGCAGCUCUUCCUCAGUGUGAUGGAGGCUCUGAAGGUGAUGGAAUUUACGGAGGAGGAAAUCUGUGAUGUGUUUAAACUGCUGUCUGGAGUUUUACACAUCGGCAACAUUGAGUUCAUGACAGCAGGGGGAGCUCAGAUCACCUCUAAAGGAGUAAUCAGCAGUGUGUGUGAGCUGUUGGGUUUGGACGCAUUUCAGCUGUGUGAAGUUUUGACUCAGCGAUCAAUAUUUUUAAGAGGAGAAGAGAUCUGUUCACCACUGACUGUGGAGCAGGCUCUCGACUCACGUGACUCGGUUGCCAUGGCGCUGUACUCACAGUGUUUUUAUUGGAUCAUCACUCGGAUUAAUCAGAAGAUCAAAGGGAAAGAAGAUUUUAAAUGCAUCGGCAUCCUGGACAUUUUUGGCUUUGAAAACUUUGAGGUGAAUCGUUUCGAGCAGUUUAACAUUAAUUACGCUAACGAGAAGCUCCAGGAGUAUUUCAAUAAACACAUCUUCUCUCUGGAGCAGCUGGAGUACAACAGAGAGGGAAUCCAGUGGGAGGCGAUAGACUGGAUGGACAACGCUGAAUGUCUGGAUCUAAUUGAGAAGAAACUGGGGUUAUUGGCUCUGAUCAAUGAGGAGAGUCGCUUCCCCAAAGGCACCGACUACACACUGCUGGAGAAACUACACAGUCGACACGCUACGAAUCCGUAUUACAUCAAACCCAGGGUGACGGACCACCAGUUUGGAAUCAAACACUAUGCUGGAGAGGUUCUCUAUGAUGUGAGAGGUGUUCUGGAGAAGAACCGAGACACUUUCAGAGAUGACAUUCUCAACAUGUUGAAGGACAGCAGGUUAGACUUUAUCUAUGAUCUGUUUGAGUGUGUGGGAAGCAGGAAUGGAGACGACACACUGAAGAUGGGAACAAACCGACGCAAACCAACCGUCAGCUCUCAGUUUAGGGACUCUCUUCAUGCACUCAUGGCUACUUUAAGCAACUCAAAUCCUUUUUUUGUGCGCUGCAUUAAACCCAACAUGGAAAAGCACGCUAAUAAGUUCGACCCGGAAGUGGUUCUCAACCAGCUGCGGUACUCUGGCAUGUUGGAGACGGUGAAGAUCCGCAGAGCUGGGUUCCCUGUACGCAGAACCUUCAGUGACUUCCUUAAUCGCUAUACUGUGCUUCUGAGAGCUAAAAGGAUCACAGAUGGAGACGACCGGAAGAAAUGUCAUGAUGUCCUCGGAGUGUUUGAUGCAUUCAGGAAAGAGUGGCAACUGGGCAAGACAAAGGUCUUUGUGAAGGAAGUGUUGGAGCAGAAGCUGGAGCGAGAGCGUGAUGAGGUGCGGAGAGCAGCAGGAAUGCUGAUUCGAGCUCACAUUCUGAGCUAUGUGGCAAGGAAGCAGUACAGGAAGAUUCGCUUCAGCAUCAUCACUAUCCAGAAGAACUACCGAGCUCACUUCUGGAGAAAAGCGUUCCUGUGCACGCGCUCAGCCAUCAUCGUUCUCCAGAAACACUGUCGCGGACGGCUCGCACGGAGACUACAUCAACAACUCUGUAAGGAGAGAGAGAGGGAGGAAGAGGAGAGGAGGAUAAGGGAGGAAGAAGAGAGAAAGAAGAAGGAGGAAGAAGAAGAAAAGAGAAGGAGAGAGGAAGAACAGAGAAUUCUGGAGGAGCAGAAGAGAAGAGAAGAAGAAGAGAGGUGGAAGAACGAGCAACGUGAACUGUUGCGGAAAAAGCAGGAGGAGGAGGAUCUCCGGAGAAAUAUAGAGCAAGAAAACGCUCGGAAACAAGAAGAAGAAAAGGAGCUCCAAAAGACGCAAGACACUGAGGAUAUCUCAUCCGAAUACCACAGGAAUCAGCUGGAAACAAACCAUCAUCACUCCAAGUACUCGUCUGAAGAAGAGACCCGGCAGAUGGAGGAGAUCUUGCGCCUGGAACGAGAAAUCGAGCGUCUUCAGCGACAGCGUGAUGAAGGAGUGGCGCUGAUGAACGAAGGUUCUCGAGAGGAGCUUCGUCAGCGCAGUGAUGCCGAAAUCUACAGACUGGAGAAGGAGGCAUCACGCGUGGCUACAGAAUUCCUAGAAAUGCUGGACUUUGGAGGUCUGGAGCCAUCGCUGUCCAGCGAAGAGAAUCUAAAUGAGAGUGGGGUUCCACUGGUCGAGGAUGAUGAGGACGAAGGGUUUCAGGCAGAGGACGAAGAUGAAUGCGUUCCACUUCCAGACCUGCCAUCACCUCCUGCUGCUGAGUUGCUCGAUCUGAAUGUGUUGUCUUUAAUUCCUCCUCCACCAGCAGCAUUUGCUCAGGGAUUGCUUGAAAGUUCUCCUCUCACACACAGGGAAAUAUUGGAGACCUCAAAGAUACCUGCUGCACCUUCAGACCCUCCACCUCCUUCUGCUUCAUACGCUCAGGGAUCCCUGACCACGUCCAGACCAAACUCUGCUCAGAAUUCCAGCCAGAAAUGUUCUCUUAGAUACAGCAGAUAUUUGGAGACAUCUCCUUCAGCUUCUUCAUCCUUAUUCUCUCAGGAGUCGUCCAGACCAAAAUCCGGCUCGAGUCCCAGCCCGAGGUCUUCGUCCUCACUGAAAAAUCUCAGGAUUUUAGAGCAGACACAGACUCCUGCUCCACCUUCACCCCCUUCUGGAGAUUACAGUAAAGUGCAGAAGGACUUCAGGAGCUGGGAUACAGAGGUGCAGGAAACAGAGUCUGAUUAUGACCAGGAGGAGUAUGAACUAGAGGAGGCGCUGGAGAACCUUACUGAUGAACAUGUCACUGAUGAGGAGGUGCUGAGGAGAUCCGGCUGCAUCUACAACAGCAUGGACUCAUUUAGAGAAAGUGCAGAGUCGCUCAUCAUCAGUGAUGAGGAGAACGAUGAGACCGCAGACACAGACGAAGAAGUUUCCAACGGAAGAGUCAACCUGCUGAACGGCAGCAAUCCUCCAUACUUCCACAGCUACCUUUAUAUGAAGAGUGGGCUGAUGAUCCCGUGGCGUAGGCGUUGGUGUGUGUUAAAGGACGAGACGUUCAUGUGGUUCCGCUCGAAGCAGGACUCUGUGAAGAGCGGCUGGCUCUAUAAGAAAGGCGGCGGGUCGAGUACGCUCUCCAGGAGGAACUGGAAGAUGCGCUGGUUUGUGCUGCGGGAGAAUAAACUCAUGUACUUUGAGAACGACAGCGAGGAGAAGCUGAGAGGAACCAUCGACAUCCGCACGGCCAGGAAGAUUGUUGAUAACCACGAGAAGGAAAACGCACUGAACAUCGUAACUGAAGACAGAACAUAUCACAUUUAUGCCGAAACCCCAGAAGAAGCAAGUGGUUGGUUCAGUGUGUUAAGUCGUGUACACAGCGCCCCCUCACAGCUGCUGAUGGAAAUGCAGAAUGAACAAGCCAACCCUAAAAAUGCUGUGGGAACUCUGGAUGUUGGGCUCAUCGACUCUGUUUGUGCCUCAGACAAUCCUGACAGGCCAAACUCAUUUGUGAUCAUCACCGCCAACCGCGUAAUCCACUGUAACGCAGACCUGCCUGAGGAAAUGCACCACUGGAUCGGACUGUUACACAAACCCAGAGGAGAGGCACGCAGCGACAGCCAGGACUUCAUUGUUAGAGGCUGGUUGCAUAAAGAGAUGCGAUCGAGUAUGAAGAGCUCGUCUCUGAAGCUGAAGAAGCGUUGGUUUGUUCUGACAGCGAACUCUCUGGAUUAUUAUAAAUCAUCAGAGCGCAGCUCGUCUCGUCUUGGCACUCUGGUGCUCAACAGCCUGUGUUCAGUGGUACAGCCCGAUGAGCGAGUCUUCAAAGAGACUGGUUACUGGAAUGUCGUGGUGCACGGCCGGAAGCACUCGUACCGUCUGUACACCAAACUCCUAAAUGAGGCCAUGAGAUGGACGUCAGCCAUCCAGAGCGUCAUAGAUAACAAAGCUCCCAUCGAGACGCCCACACAGCAGCUCAUCCGAGAGAUCAAGGAGAACAGCAUGAACGUGGAGGCGGUGGAGCAGAUGUACUGGAGAAACCCGAUCCUGCGAUACACACAGCAUCCCUUACACUCCCCGCUCCUGCCUCUGCCCUAUGGAGACAGCCUCCAUAAGGAGAAGGGUUACUCUAGUCUUCAGGAUGAAGCAGUGAAGAUCUUUAACUCCCUGCAGGAGAUGGAGGUGGUGUCGGACCCCAUCCCCAUCAUUCAGGGAAUCCUUCAGACCUGCCACGACCUCCGGCCAAUCAGGGACGAGGUCUUCUGCCAGCUCAUCAAACAAACCAAUCACGUGCCUCAGCCACACAGCUCUGCAAGCCACGCCCACUGGCACCUGCUCACUUGCAUGAGCUGCACCUUCCUCCCGAGCCGAGGCAUUCUGAGAUACCUGAAAUUCCACCUGAAGAGGAUCAGGGAACGGUUUCCCAGCACAGAGCUGGAGCGUUACACCAUCUUUGUUACCGACUCGCUUAAGAAGACGAAGACGCGCGAGUGUGUGCCAUCACAGGAAGAGAUCAUCGCUCUGAGGAACAGACAAGAAAUGACAUCGACAGUUUACUGUCAUGGGGGCGGAGCCUGUAAAAUCUCCAUCAACUCACACACUACUGCAGGAGAGGUGGUAGAGAAGCUGAUCCGCGGCUUGGCGAUGGAGGACAGCAGGAACAUGUUCGCUCUGUUUGAACACAGUGGGAGUGUGUAUCGUGCUGUUGAGAGCAGAGUAAUCGUUGCUGAUGUGCUAGCCAAGUUUGAGCGCUUGGCGUCAUCAGAGCCUGAAUCUCAGUGGAAGCUGUACUUUAAGCUCUACUGUUUCCUGGAUGUAGAAAGCACGCCUAAAGAAGGAGUGGAGUUUGUCUUCAUGUUCGAGCAGGCCCACGAGUCGCUAAUCAGCGGUCAUUUCCCAGCUCACGAGGACACUCUACGGCACCUCGCUGCUCUUCGUCUGCAGUAUCUACAUGGAGACGCGACGGCAGUGAGCUGGACCUUGGAGAGCGUUUACCCUCUGAAACACAUUCACAACCGCGUUCUUCACUUCACCCGAGGACGAGCUGGGGGAACGCUGGAGAAACGCCGCAGCAGCUUUCUGGAGGGCCUGAAGGCAGGAGGGUCACUGAGGAAGCAGCGCAGUGUUCAGGACGAGCAGACGAUGAUGGACAUGUGGGUGAAGGAGGAGACCGAGGGGACGAGGGCGAGUAUCAGGGAAAAAUGGAGCCGGCUGAAGGGACUGGAUCAGCAGCAGGCCAUGCUCAAGUACAUGGACAUCGUCACCCAGUGGAGUGGGUACGGAUCAGCCCUGUUUGAUGUGGAGUCAAAGUGUGGUGGUUUUCCCUGUGAGCUGUGGUUAGGUGUGAGUGCUGAGAGUGUGUCGGUGUAUAAGAGGGGAGAAGCGAGGCCUCUGGAGACGUUCCCAUAUGAACACAUUGUGUUUUUUGGAGCGCCGAUGCCGAGCACUUAUAAAAUCAGCGUGGACGGACGUGACCUGCUGUUCGACACGCCACAGGUUGGUGAGAUCACAAAGAUCAUGAAGGCUUACAUCAACAUGAUUGUGAAAAAGCGCUGCAGUGUUCGCUCUGCCUCCAGUUACGGGCGUGGCUGGAUCAGGUGACCUCCACCAGCCGAACAGAACCAAGCAGAAAGUCCCAGGGAGGGAAGCAGGAAGAUGUCCAACUGACGCACUGUGCUGUCUGAGAUAUGUUAGAUUAGACUACACUUAAUUAGACUUGUAUUAAAACAUGGAUUAGAGCACUGCCUGAGGUUAAACAUGUUCAGGAUAAAUACUCUGAUGCCUUACUGUCCUGCUGUUUCUCAACACUAAUGCUAAUUUUUAUUCAAGUAUAGUUUAUUUAUUUAUUCAUUAUUAUUAUUAUUAUGUUAAGAAUGCAAGUAGCAUCAACUCUUAUCAUAGUUAAGAGAAAAACUCAGUCAUUAAUCCGCUCAGCUGCUGGCGGCUGCACUGAAACACCCACAUCUCUCCCACAUUCUUGUUUAUUCUCCAAAUCGAUUUUUCUUCUUUGUAACUGGACUUACAAACUUGUGUUAAUAAAUUAUUGUAAUUUAUAA